AUGUCCGUCGUCAACACCGCAGUCGACACAAACUCCAAGGGCGGCCCCAUCGCCGACUUUGCCUUUGACGAGUCCCUCGUCGAAUGGACCGUGCCCAAAUCCGACUGGCUCGCGAUCCACGACAAGGACUUUGACGGCGUGGCCACGUCGGCGUACAUUUUCGACGCGCAAGGCCGCGUGCUGCUCGUGCAGAGGGCGGCGCACGAUAGCAUGCCGAAUCUAUGGGAGACGCCGGGCGGCGCGGUGGACGCGGGCGACGAGUCGAUACUUGCGGGGUGUGCGCGGGAGGUGAGGGAGGAGGUUGGGCUUGUUGCGAAGAGGAUGAGGAGGUUGGUCACGGAGGGGGAGGGGAGGGAGAAGUGGAGCGUGUUUACGAACCGGAGCGGGACGAGGGUGUUUUGCGGGUUUGCGUUUGAGGUUGAGGUUGAAGGGGGGGAGGUGGUGCUUGAUCCGGAGGAGCAUCAGGCGUGGGCUUGGGCGGGGGAGGAGGAUGUGAGGAGGGGGGUUGUGGGGGGGAGGAGGAUUGCGUUGAGUUGUUUGAUGGUGAGGAAUAGGUUGAUGGAGGCGUUUCGGUUAAGGAGGGAGGAUGGUGAUGGGGUUUGA